UCAUGCUGCUGCCAGGUCCAGAGUGUCUCAUGGGUCCCUGUACGGCCUCCCAUUGCUGCUGUCUCCAUCGCCACACUCUGCCAUGUGCCACUUUCAGGUCUCCUCACACUGCUGGUGUGUUCCAUUUUUUGUCAUAGGGUGCUGGCAGAUUACGGGCCUCCCAUAGCUGCUGCCAGGCCCUAAUCUGCCAUGGGCCCCUGUACCGCCUCCUCAUGCUGCUGCCAGGUCCAGAGUCUCUCAUGGGUCCCUGUACAGCCUCCCAUUGCUGCUGUCUCCAUCGCCACACUCUGCCAUGUGCCACUUUCAGGUCUCCUCACACUGCUGGUGUGUUCCAUUUUUUGAC